UCCACUUUAAUUUUUAAUUUUUAUUAUUUACCUUUUUAAUUAUCAAACCAUACAACAAAAAACCAACAACAAUAAUGUACUCUGCACCGAGCGAAUUUGCUGACGAGUCCUACCUCAAAGAAAAAUACAUUUUGCUUCAGCUCAUCGGCGAAGGACAAUACGGCAAAGUCCACAAAGCAGUGCGCCGCAGCAACGGAAUAGUAGUAGCGAUGAAAAUAAUCAGCAAACUCGGGCGUCAACGUGUCGAAAUUGAAACCUACCGAGAAGAAAUGCGGCUCCUCACACAGCUCUCUCACGUAAACAUUAUCCAACUAAUCGAGUAUUUCGAAACCACCACGGAUAUCUACAUAGUCCUGGAGCACUGCAAAUGCGAUCUCUCCGUGCACCUUAAGCGGCGCGGCGGCUACUUGCCGAUGGAGGAGGUCCGGGUGAUUGGACUGCAGCUAGUGACGGCGCUGUUUUACUUGCAUAAACUCGGGGUUGUUCACCAUGACGUUAAGCUGCCGAAUGCGCUGAUUGGGUUUGAUGGGAGGAUAAAGUUGUGCGAUAUGGGGUUGGCUACGCAGCUGACGAGGGACGGGAAGCCCCUGUAUAUACAGACGCUGAAGGGCACACCAUUGUAUAUGGCGCCGGAGAUGCUGCGGAGAGCCCGGUACACUUAUAAGGCGGACUUGUGGUCCCUCGGCGUGGUUCUGUAUGAGCUGUAUGUCGGGAGGACGCCGUUCCGCACAACGAGCUUGGCUGACCUCAAGCAUAAUAUUAUGGAGGAGGAUAUUGUUUGGCCCAAGCAUAUCCCUGUGCAGCUCAAGAUGUUCUUGAAUGAGUUGCUGCAGCGUGAUCCAGCUGACCGCCCCAGGUGGCGGAAGUUGAAAAGACACCCGUUUCUUCUUUCUACCGAGACCGAGGCCGAGGCUUUUGCCGGAGAGACGCUUUGAAUAUUUAUUUAUUUACUUAAAAAUGAUUAUCACGUGCUUAUAGAUAAUUUAGCGGUAGCACAGCACCCCAUAAGUCUGAUUGUUUUGUGGUGUUUGCGUGUCCGCGUAUAAAUAAAAUGGCUUUGCCG